AUGUCGAAUGAUAAGAAACAAUCGGCUUUGGCCCGUAUCACGGGGUCAGCAUCUGCCGGUAUUCUAGAAAUUUGUGUGUUUCAUCCUGUGGACACUAUCUCCAAGAGGUUGAUGUCUAAUCACACCAAGAUUGGAUCUGGUGCCCAGUUAAACGAAGUUAUCUUCCGUGAGCAUGCUGCUAAGCCAUUUUUAAAACGUGUUUUUACAUUAUUUCCUGGAUUGGGUUAUGCUGCAUCUUAUAAGAUUUUACAAAGAGUCUACAAGUAUGGUGGCCAGCCAUUUGCAAAUGAGUUCUUGAACAAAAACUUCAAGGGCGAUUUUGACAAUGCAUUCGGUGCGAAGACUGGUAAGGCCUUGAGAUCGGCCGCUGCGGGGUCUUUGAUUGGUAUUGGUGAAAUUGUUCUAUUGCCUUUGGAUGUUCUCAAGAUUAAAAGACAAACCAAUCCUGAUGCUUUUAGGGGCCGGGGCUUUUUCAAGAUUAUCAAGGAUGAAGGCUUAGGUUUAUACAGAGGCUGGGGAUGGACUGCUGCGAGAAACGCCCCCGGAUCUUUCGCAUUGUUCGGUGGUAACGCGUUUGCAAAAGAAUAUAUCCUAGGGCUAACGGAUUACUCGCAAGCUACCUGGAGUCAAAACUUCAUAUCAUCAAUUUUUGGUGCAUCUGCUUCUUUAAUUGUAUCCGCACCUUUGGACGUUAUCAAGACUAGAAUCCAAAACAGGAAUUUUGAAACUGCGGAAUCUGGAUUCACCAUCGUCAAGAAUACGUUGAAGAAUGAAGGUGCAACAGCUUUCUUCAAGGGAUUAACGCCUAAAUUGUUGACAACUGGUCCAAAGUUAGUCUUUUCCUUUGCUAUAGCUCAGAGUUUGAUUCCAAUGUUUGACACACUGUUCAAGAAUUAA